GUUGAGAAAAGGCACUGUUUACAUUGCUGCCUAGUAACACCUCUUGAGGUAGUCACUCAGACGGCCAUGAGAGGUGCUUCCAACCUACAUUCAGCAUCUCCACAGUUUUGAUUCAAUGCAUCUCUAUGAGAAGAUGCUGAGUGGCACAACUCAGCGUUUUGCCGUACUUGUUCAAUAGCCUCCCAAUGCUUUCCUGUGGGAUUGAUGAUCUCAGCCACAGAGACUAAGCCAGCCAUGGUGAAACUGGCAUAGUUUGGGAAAUAUGUCUAAAAAAUUUUUAAACACCUUUUUUGCGUUGUAAGGCGAGGUGGUGAUCUAAAUAGUUAGUUUACUACAUAGUGUUUCUUUAACUUAAUCUCCAGUCCCCUCCUUGACUCUGCUAAUGAAUCUUUUAUCACCUAUCACCAUCUGCAAAGUCCAAUAUUUAUUUGUUUUUUAGAAAAAUAUUGUCACCAUUGUUCCUUCUCUCUAUGGUAUCCAAGCAUCUCCCUCAAUAGAGAGGCCUAGAAUGCUUAUGGAUUAAUAAUAAUCAUAAUAACACAGUAUUUAACCAGGAAAUGUAUAUUAAGAUGAGUCAGGUUUUCAAGUACAUACUGGGGAUGUUACUUUAGCCCAACAUCCAGGGGUUGUUACUAUUACCCAACAACUUAAUGGUACUCAUUUUAUCUACCUUGGAAGGAUGAAGGGCUGAGUCAACCCUGCCGGGACCCAAGGGUUGAACAGAUUCAACAGAUGAUUUAUUAGCCCACUGAGCUAUCUCACUGGCUACACGAUGAAUGUAGUGUGAAUUGUCUAAAAUAGCAAAAUUGGAAAAAUUCAUCAAGUCAAUUAUGUUUCCAGAUCAAUUUAAAAUUAAAUUGUCAUUUUGAAUUCCCAACAAUUCAUGCUUUAGUACAUAACCCUCACAAUAUGUUUACAACUGUGUCUGAAUUCAAAAUGGCAGAUGUUCUGAAAAAAACUCGGAUAUUUUGUCAUCAAAGUGAAUCUGCAUGAUUAUUCUUACAUUUUGACUUAUUUCUGUUUAAGGUGAAUAUUCUCCUUUAGCUAAGUUGGAAAACUAGUUAAUACAUGGAUAUGAUAAUAGAAUCCCUGUGGCUCAUAUAUAAUAAUAACAUGACAGUCAGUUCUAAUAUAUGAGUGUUGUGUAUAUGUUAUACCUUUAAUGGAUGACAGGGAUCUGACAUGAAAAACAUCCUUUGAUAUGCUGUAGUAUAAAAUAAUAUCUGUGUUGCGGCCUACUCACAGAAUUGUCACUGCCAAAGACUCCAUUCCCUUUAGUAAUUAUAGCCCAGAGUAUGUAUGUAGUGUAGGGUGAAGCAGAACUGAUUUUAUUGACUGAAUGGCACACAUUUAUACUUGGGUCCCCAACAGGAGGUCCUGAGGAGAACAAUGAACAGUGCAACAUACCUGGCACCUAGGUAUCUGUGCCUGACCAGGUAGUUUACAUAGCAGCCAAACACCUCGGCACUGAAAAACUAUUUGUACAAUAAAACAAGGCCCCUGUGCCCACAUUCCCAAAUAAAUGCCAUUCCCCCAAAAAACAAAGCCCAUUUUGUCCAAAAAGCACUCACUUCAAGAUAUCUUGCCUGACUUGGCUGGUAGUAAAGUUUUGACUGGGCCGUGACUGUACUCUGACCCAGCGCUGUGUGGGAAAUUCGAGUCACCUAAAAUGAUGGCACGUUCCGUCGGUACAUGGAGCUCAAGCAAGUCUGUGGUAUUAUUCGAUGCUUCAACACCCCCUCUACCUCCCUCCAAAUAGUGUCCUGUUUGGUGACUCUUGGACCAAGAGCAUGCUUGACAAAGUUUUACCGGAUCGUGGCAACUCUACCAUCUGAUUAGGAGUUCCAGAGAGUUUGUGGGUUCCUGCCGGUCAGGAAAGCCAUGAGUGUACUUCCAGUCUGUGAUAACUCCUUGGCCACUGGAAAGGAGUGCUGGGCUGGGAGGCACAGACAGGAGGGGUACAUGUGAUGCUUAUAGUCCUAUUAAGAGGAAGGUCGUGGUUGGGAGCCAUGUACCAGUCCUGGGUUUCCAGGUGGUCUGUCAAAAUCAGCUAUUUGGCAAAGUUGUCCUGACCAUACCCCAUUAAAUUAAAUAUAUGUAAUAGUUCCUGUUUUGUGAUCACCUAUAACAUAUUCAGUAAGCACAGGUCAGUGCCCUCCUCUCAGCAGGGCAUAUAGGGCUGCUGUCAGUGAUCCCAACAAUUAAACAGAUCAAUUGCUGCUGUAGAAUAUUCAGCGAAUUCAAAGGCUCAUGGUGGGGGGAGGGCAAUAACAUCCACCCCCCCCCCCAAAAAAAAAAAAGAAUAAUUGCGCUACGACUAUGGCUGUUUCAAUUCCACAAUGUGACACAUCUUGAUAUUAAAAUGCAUUGUAUGUCAUUGUCCGCUUGAAGGCGCUACCAAGCUUAAUGAUUUUAAUUCUUAAUAUUAUUUAACAAUGAAUGAUUACUGGAAUUCUACUUGAAUUUACAUUUAGUUAAUGUGCCUGUUUUGGAUAUGCGCACAAAUCUAUAAAGUAGAUAACUGUAUGUACCUUAUUUCUUCCAUAGCUGACGAUGAGUGCAAAUUUUCUCCCAAGGAGAGGUUAAACUGUGGCUUUGGAGGAAUCACGAGACAAGAAUGUAUUGACCAAGGAUGCUGCUUUGAUGAUAUAACACCAGAUGCUAUCUGGUGUUUUAUACCCGAGGCUGGUAACGUCAUUUACAUCUUUAGCAAUUGUUUUAUGUAUUUUAUUUAUUGGAUUGCUGUCAAAUGAAACUUUGAACAUUUAGGAAAAAUGCAUUUUAUUUGAAUUUCUUUGUCCAUCUUUGCAGAAAUAUUGGUGGUUAUAACGUAUGACAUUCUGUGUUGUUUAGAACACUGAGGGUUAAUUAUCGUUGCCUCACCCUUUUCUUUAAUCCCAAAAUGCUGAAAUUCCAAUAUAGUAAGUGCCACCCCAGGUGUGAGAUAAAUCCAAUCACCACAAAUUAAACUGGACUGCAAUGCAUUAACCCAUCAAGUACCAAUGAUAGCUUUUUCCAUCAAAACAUUCUGUCUUUAAAAGGAAUUUCUCACUUUCUGAAGCUGGUAGUGCAAGCGUGGUGCGGCUCCCAGAGGACUCCAGGUAAGAAGUCAAACUGUUCAAAAAUGGUUUGACUGCUUACUAUGGGAAAAAGGGGGAUGGUACCAGGGCACUCUUGGCACCAUAACCACAACCACAACAACAUUCUGAAGCAUUUGUUUAAAGGGGUUCUAUAGUGUUAGGAAUACAAAUCUGUAUUCCUAACACUAUAGUUCCCUCUGGCCCCUGCCUCCCUCAUAGGCCCCCUGGCCAAUAAAGGGUUAAAAACCCUUUAAUGACUUACCCAAUUCCAGUGCCAAAUAUAACACAUGCUGGAUGUCUUCAUGCAGAGCGUCAUCCAAUGCUUUCGUAUGGGGAUUUUACUGAAGCUGGAUGUCCUCAUGCAGAGCGUGAGGAUGUACAGCGUCAGUUAGGCGACCUAAAGUCUGUUAAAAUCCUGGGAGCACCUCCAGUGGCUGUCUGGUAGUGCUGCAAUGUAAUUAGGACUAAGGGGGACAGAGACAAUGCACCGAGACCACUUCAGUGAGCUAAAUUGGUCCGGGGACAUAUUAAGGACCAGAUUGUGAUGAAGGCAAAUAAUGUCAUUGAUACUUAAUGAGCUAAAACAUCAUUGCUUUAUUUCAACAUUAUUUAAAGUAUUUCUCAACUGGUCUUAUCCCGUAGGAUUCGUUAGAAUUUGAAGUACUAUAAUUAAACAAAGUGCCGUUUCAAACCUUAAAGGGGUUAAAACCCCUUCAGCAACUUACCUUAAUCCAGUGCCGGGCUCCCUCGGCGCUG